UUAAAUUACUUUUAAUAUCAAGUAAGCAAAUGUAGAAAAAAACAUGUAUUUUGUCAUAUUAUUACAUCUCAACUUUACUAAACAGAAUAGUGCAUUCAAAUUCGAGUACAGCUAAUGGCUUCCGGUCCUGUCUUACUGGACACGCCUCCCUUUCAAAAUAAAUAAUCCAAAUGAUAUAAGUAAAUGAUGUUGAAAAGUAUAUAAUCAUAAAAAUGUAUAUGCAAUUCUUAAUGUUUCAAGUAUAAACAACAACUCAACUACAUAUGUAUACAACGCUAUACAAAUAAUAAUACGGAGCGUCAGUGUGCAUUAAAUUACUUUUAAUAUGAAGUACGCAAAUGUAGAAAAAAACAUGUAUUUUGUCAUAUUAUUACAUCUCAACUUUACUAAACAGAAUAGUGCAUUCAAAUCAGAAGCUGUAAAGGCCUUUUGUUUUACCGGAGGCCUGAGCAACGUGUGACGCUCUGCUUGGAAAUAAGGGGGCGUCCUCCUCAUAUCCGCGGUGUUGGAGGCUGAUAGUGAGGAAGUUAUUAUCUCCACAACCACGACUGUCCCCAGAUGUAUCUCCCGACGGUAGAGGACGGCAUGCAGCACUUCAAGCCGAGCCGAGAUAGACUCUACACCACAAGAUGCUGCGGAUGUUGCCAUGUGAGGACGGGGACCAUUAUCCUCGGGACGUGGUACAUGGUUGUCAACCUCCUGAUGGGCAUCCUGCUGACCGUGGCUGUGACCCAUCCAGAGAACGUGCCCACUAUCGACCUCCAGUAUGAGGUCAUCGACCACUACUUGGCUUCAGACCGGAUGUCUGAGAACGCCUGCUUUGGAUUUGCCAUCUCCCUGCUGAUGCUCACCAUCAGUGCCAUGAUGGUGUAUGGAGCCAUAACACACCGCGACGGCUGGCUCAUACCCUUCUUCUGCUACCAGCUGUUUGACUUUGCCCUGAGUUGCUUGGUGGCCAUCAGUCCUCUGACCUACCUGCCCAGGAUUAAAGACUAUCUGGAUCAGCUGCCGGACUUCCCCUACAAAGACAACCUGCUGUCCAUGGACUCCAGCUGCCUGCUGCUGUUUGUGCUGCUCUUCUUCGCCUUCCUCAUCAUUCUCAAGGCUUACCUGAUGAACUGUGUGUGGAACUGCUACAAGUACAUCAACAACCGGAACAUGCCAGAGAUCGCUGUCUACCCCGCCUUCGAGGCCCCGCCACAGUACAUCCUGCCCACGUACGAGAUGGCAAUGAAGAUGCCAGACAAAGAAGCCCCUCCCCCCUACAUGCCAGCUUAGAUUACCCCCACAGACCACACCUCCUCCCAAGACAGUGUUAGUACAUCUGUUCACAUUUAGUUGUUUGGCCUUGCCUGUGUGUGGGUAUGUUGAGUGUACAAGUGGAACAGUCUGAAGAGUCUGUACGUGAGUGCUUGCAACGUGGCCCCGACCUCUGUCCUUUUCUUUUUGUUUCUAAGUGUCUUAGUAAAAAGGAUUCUUGUGAACAAAUCGACUCGCUUGAAAUGCUCUCAUCGAUUCAGCACCACCAUCCUACACCCUUUUAAAGAGUGAUAUGUGAAAUGUAAAAUAACAAUGUUAGGACAAUCCACAAAUUAUAAAUAUGAUCUUAAUGUUGAAUUUGGCUGUUGUUUAAUUUCACCAAUUUAUUAAAAAUCUAGUUUUUAUUCCAUUCUCCAGUUUUUUGGAUGAGUACCUUUUCAGUGUUCUGUUUUAGUUUCAAGCAUUGCUUUAGGCCUGUCCAUCACCAUGUGCGUUCUAUUUAGUUUAAAGCAUUGCUUUAUGCCUUUCCAUUACCCUGUGUGCCAAGCACAUCUCUAUCCAUGGCCCUGUUGUGGUACGAUGAGUGACCUCUCCUUUUUUAAUGUGCAGCCUAAAUUCAGAGCAACAGAUUGCUCAUCUGUAGUCGCAUGCUGCUUUAUUCCUCAACACCGCUCUUUACUUUUCAUGACAUGUUGAUCCUGUUGUAUAACAUAUUGGCUUCAAUAAACGUUUCAAGAAAAAUUA